UACACUUGUGGGGAAAUUUCCACAUCGCAAGCCAACCAUGAGAAAGGUACGUGAGAUUUUUUCUAUGUUUGGGUUCCAUGGUUGUUUCGAGGUGGGAUUGAUUGACACAACACACAUUCUCAUACACCUUACACAUGAGGAGGAUUACAGCAGGCUUUUUCUUAAACCUUCAUAGUAUAUUGAUGGUUGUCCGAUGAGAGUCCUUAAGUGGACAUGUGACUUUACACCUGAGCAAGAGACUCCGAUAGUUCCCGUAUGGGUAUCGUUCCCUCUGCUUCCAGUACAUUCACGUGCGAAGGGGUUCCUUUUCGCCUUAUCUGGGGCAAUAGGAAUACCCUUGAGAAUUGAUGAGGCCACCACCGACUUGAGACGACCUAGUGAGGCAAGGGUGUGCAUUGAGGUAAAUUUGGGGCAUAAGUUGCCCGACAGGGUUUGGAUUGAGCGCGCUGGUAACCGUGGCUUCUGGCAGACUGUUAUCUAUGAGAAGCGGCCAAUUUUUUGCUUCUCUUGUAAACACUUGGGUCAUUCUUAUGAUCAGUGUACUACGGUUCCUCCUCCUCCUACAGUUGCUGCGCACCCCCCUGUUCGGCCCCCUAUUACUAGGACUGAUAAGGAUAAGGGCAAGGUGACGUUUGUGGAGCCAAAGAAGCAGUGGGUUCCAGUUUCAGCAGUGCCUUCUGUGCUUCCCACUACUACUACCGCAGUUGUAACAGAGUCAGAAUCUGCAUCGGCAGUUCCUACCUCUACUCGUAUCACAGUUGAUCCAGAGGUACCUCCGUAUAUUCAUUCAGUUGCUGAGCCUACUCCAAAUGCUCCUAUCGAGGUACCCACUUCUCCUAUUAUUACUUCCAUAGCUCCUAUUCCCACAGCUACUACUGAUGUACCCCCGAGCCGACGCAUAUGAGUUCUCCACCAUUGA